AUGGUGAAAAAUUAUCACCACCUGCCUAAUAGUAUCAACACCAAUGAAAAUACUCGUUAUCACACAAAUUCAUCUGCAAAUAUCGUCGAUAAUUCUCCUGAAUAUCAUUAUGAUCCACAAUCAAAUAUGCACUUCAACUAUCUGAAUAAUCAACAACAAAAUCGUAAAAAUCGUGUUCCUCCACCUACUACAACUAAUCUUAGAAUGUUAGAUUCUCCUGCACAGUCUCCUUGUAGACGUAUGCGUGAACAAGAUGAUGAUGAAUUUAUUACUGUUGUACACAAUAAAAAACGUAAACAAUUAAACAAGGAUUUCGAUGAUCAAUUUGAAGAUCCACAACAGAAGUACAAUAAUCCUAAUGCACCUAUACAACAGCAGACAAGCAUUUACAAUAAUAAUCACAACAAUGAUCCACCACCUCUACUUGCAACACAAUCAUCAUCAAGAACCAUUACUUCUCGUACAAUUUCAAAUUCGAAUCUCAAUCCAAGUCAACCAAAACAACAACAACAAAAUAAAAUUACACCCGAAUCUGCACGUUUUGCACAAACACGUUUUCCCUAUCAACCCUUCAUCAUUCGUUUUACAUCGGGAAACAUUAAAGAUAAACAAGUGGCACAUGAAAUCUCAAAACAUUUUAAAGAUAAUUAUCAUACUGAUAUAUCAAUUUUAAAUAUUCGUCGAUCAAUAAUGAAAUGUCAACAAAAUGAAUUAAUUAAAAUUGAAAUUCUAUCACCAAUGAUUCGUGAGCAAAUAUUAAAUUCUGGUAACAUUCUAGUAAAUAGCAUUACAUAUGACGUGGAAGAAUAUUUAUCACCAGCAAAUGUGUUGAUCUGUUCUAAAUGUAUGGCCAUCGGCCACUUUAAAAAACAGUGUACUCAAAUCAAUGAAACUUGCAAAGUGUGUGGUUUGUCCUGUCCUGAUCUUCGUCAUCACAACUGUUCAUUGGUUAAUAAAUGUGUUCACUGUAAUGGUGAUCACGUUUCAAAUUCAUUUAAAUGUCCUAUAGUUAAAAAUUUUCGUGCAGAAUUAACAAAAAAAUUGUUGUUUUCAAAUCGUAUGUCAUUGUCUUAUGGUUCAACAAAUACUAAUAUCAAUAAUACGUAUAAUUAUGAUGCAACUGCUUUUCCAGUACUUCCUCGUCCACAACAACCAUCACCAUAUUCGAUUACUAAUAAUUCAAUGAUAAAUAAAAUAGAUGAAUUAAUUAGUUCUGUACGUAAAGUAAAUGAUACAUUAGAAAAAUUUUCGAAGAAAAACGAUGAAUUUGAAUUAUUUAUGAACAAUAAAAUUAAAAAUGAUGAAAUAUUAUCUACGAAAAUUGAUCAUUUAAUAGAAAAUGAUGUAGAAUUUAAGAAAAAUAUUAUUCAACAUGAAAUUAAAAUUACACGACACGAAAAUAUAUUUAUAAAAUUAAUUUUACCAAUGAUGGAUGAAAUCAGUAAAUAUUUAUCAAUAAUUAAUAUCGACAAGAAAGGUGGUACAUUAGAUGCUGAUUUUCAAGUUACAAUAAACAGAAUGCGUGUACAAUUGGAAAACGUAACUCAAAAUAAAAACUUCUAA